CGCGACACAUGCAAGUUCGGUUUGCAUACACCAACGACGUCCAGCUUUAAUUCUUCCCACUACCUCUCUUCGACCCUUUCUUUUCUCUUCAAACACAAUCGCGCCGAUCGAGCGCGACCGCACGCGAACCAAAAUGGCCAAAAACAAGCAGCAACAGGAAAAGCCGACCGUCUCAUUCGAUGAGAUGAUCAAGGCAGAUCGUCAAAAGCGCAAGGCAGAGAACCUUGCCCAGGAGAUCUUCGGCAAGAACCGCCGCCAGAGCGCCCCUCAGAACAACAACAACAAGAAACAGCAAACGCAGCUGGGUGGCAGUCUGGCCAGCAGGGUCGGCAUCACAAAGCGCUCGUCCUCGGCCGCUUCCAUUCCCACCCUGGGCAAACAACAGCAAAACCGUGGAAACCAGAAGAACCGCAACGGCCGUCAAUCACUAGGAGGCGCAGACAACAGAAGAGAAGCCGCAUACCAGACAGCAGCACAGCAGGCUCCACCCGCCUCAUUCAACAUCAAGCCCCGAUCCUUUGCAACAGUCGACAGCGAAAUAACGAUUCGUGGAGCCGCUGGUCCGUACUGCGUCGUUGCCAGCAACUUUGCGCCAGGAACCACAGCUGCAGACAUUGAGAGUGUCAUGGCCCCGGUCGGAGGUGACAUGUCUGGUUGCAAGCUGAUCUCUUCUCAACCCAACGUAAUUGCCGAGAUGCUCUUCCUGGACAAGGCCGGCGCAGACAAUGUUAUCAACAUGUUCAACGGCAAGAAGGCUGAUGGAAGAAUCUUGUACGUCUACCUUAAGGAGGGAGGCCCGUCACAAUCCGUCCACUCUGCCACGCCGCGCAUUGCUUCGCCCAUCGUCGUACAACCCGAACCCGUUCAGGAACAAGGCGCUGAGGACACUAUGGAGAUCGAACAACAAUACCCUACCGAGCCUAGUCCUCUGCCACCAACAGAACCUUCUCCUCGCCCUCAAUACGACAACUCGCGGCAACCACGGGAUGGUAGAGCAUCGUACCGUGAGGACUAUGAUCGUGGCAAUCGUCAUGCCGAGCCAGGCUAUCAAGAUGGAAGAUAUGGCUUCAACGAGCAACGCUAUAACGAGCCGCGCUAUGAUGAUCGCCGCCCCAGAUACCGUGACGAGGGCCGCAUGUACUCGGACGACGUGAUGCGUGGUGGUUCUCGAAGAGGCGGAGGCGGCCGCGGCGGUGGACGCUACCGCGGAUAGGACUCAGAGGACUACCACACGAGGACUGUAACUGUCCGCACAUAGCAUAAGUGAUGACACGCUCUUGAUUCCGGGACUUCAGGCUAUGCACACGAGCUGCAUUUCAUCCUGGCUUUAUUAACAUUAUACCUAAGUACCUUUCAUUUUCACAAUGGCAUGAGCGACAAAGGAUGACAGAGUUGUUCUUGCUUUCGACUUCACUUGUCUCAAUCUCAUGACAUUAUGAGCAAGGCAGUGGUUGCUCUUUUCAUUGGUCGGCGUGUAAUACCUCUUGGACCGUAGAAGACUUCAUUCACAGCGUUUCUCAGUUUGUACUACUACAGCAGAUGAAUCAAGCUUUCAUUGAUACUAUGCC